GCUGUGGCGCUUCCUUCCUUCCUUCCUGCCCAAGUGAUUCAACGGCAGCGUUGUCUCUUGCCACAGCAGAGAAGACCUCAUCCAGGCGUGGUACCAGGAAGAGCUUGCACAGAUGGCUGUUGACGUAUCCCACCGCUAGCCUGCUCGAUGCUGUGUUUCAUCCCGGAGUCUGCACCUGCCCCCAAUCCGCGGUUCCUUUCCUGUCCUCCUUCCGGGUGGCAUGGAUGCCUUCCACACGGGUGACAUCUACUGGAUUUUGGCGCUGACAGUCCCUGUUCUGGUGGUUCUGCUUGUGCUCUGCAUUGAUUGCCGAGACGACGAAUUAGACACGCCACCUGUUGAUGAUUACCAGUACAAGCCUUCAUCGAGUGCCCAUUCCCAGACAUUCAGGGUGCUGAGACGUCCUCCCUCUCCACCUUGGUCUGCCAUCCAGUCCCAGCCAGACUUGCGGAGAUGCCCCCCAUACAGUCUUGCUGGUCAAUCAGCAUCUUACAUCAAAGUCGAAGGUGAUAAUGAAAGCGUUCCCAGCUAUGAAAAUGAAGAACAGGCCUGCGUCACUGACGAAGAUGAGAAUUAUUUCCCUGGAUACAUCGAGGUGCUGCCUGACAUCCCACUUACAGAUCAGAGGAACGAGGACCAUGCUUCCUCAGAUUCCAUAGUGGACCAGUAUGAAAAUAUGCCAGAGUGUCAGCGGCAUUCACUCGGUGAAUAUGUCAAUGUACUAGAACCAGAGGCGACCAUCUUAGAUCCUUGUUUUGUAGGCACCAGUGAUCAAGAAAGUGAAGAUGACACUCCAGACUAUGAGAAUGUCUGUCCUGGGCUUUGAGACUGGAAGGUUCAUUUCAAGGCGGCAUUCCUCGGUGGCUCCAGGCAUGGUCUUUCAGGAUGGAUCUUCACUGACUUUGUUGGCCUGAGGACAUAUUCACACACACACACCCAGUCACCCUAAAUCUCCCCAUAACUUAUUGCCCUCCUUUGCACUUUGGCUGACGCAUCCUGAGAAUUCCCCACGAUCCUUGGCAUCAAGAUUCAGAAGCUCAGCAGUCCGAGUGGAUCUGGCCUCCUGUCUCCCCAAAGCAAUCUGGGUCCUUUGGCUAAAUUUUCUGAUUGUCUUGGGCUAAAUAAAGAACCAGGAAUCCCA